UUUGUGUAUACACUAUAGCUUGCCCGGCGGCUGGUUGAUGGUAAAUAUUUAGUGUUUUAUACUUUUAGUGACCGUGUUAUUUCGUUUAUAAUAAUUGUAACUAUAAAAAUCGAUCUUUUUGCGCUCCGAUUUUGAAGUGUUUAUAUUGUACAUUUUCUUUUACACGCGUUUUAUGCGAAUAAUCGAAUAGUGGUGGUGAUCGAACACCGGCCAUUGAAAUGUCGCAGAGGCCAUUGAGAAAAGGUGGUGCGGCCAGAAACACUCCGCAACCAGAUGAGUCCACGACCAGCACUACCAAUAGCGAGAAGAGCAGGAGGACGGCGACAUUGAGCCCUACCAGGUUCAGCCGUAUUCAGGAGAAACACGAGCUACAGAAUUUGAACAACCGUUUAGCCGCUUACAUUGACCGCGUUAAGUACUUGGAAGCCGAAAACUCAAAAUUGACCCAAGAGCUCCAUUCUUCAGAGGAGGUGACAACCCGGGAGGUGUCCAACGUUAAGGUAUUAUUUGAGUCUGAGCUUGAGGAUCUAAGAAAUGCAUUAGACCGCGAAGCUAAACAAAAGAGCCGCCUCGAGUUAGAGAAUAGGCGAAAAACUUUGGAAAUCGAAGAGCUCAAAACCAAACUCGAUAAAGCUUUAAAGGAAUUGAAAGAAGCUACACCAUAUGUAGCUCGAUUUAAUGAAUUAAAUUCUAAAUAUGGUCAAACUUUGAUUGACAAUAAGAAUUUGAAAGACGCUAAUAAGAAAUUGACCAAAGAAUUAACAAUAGAAAAGAAAAAUGUUAAGGAUGUUCAAAAAACAUUAGAAGAAGAAAUUCUGCAAAGAGUUACAGCUGAAAACAAAUUACAAAGCUUGAAAGAAAAUUUCAAAUUUAAAGAAGAGGUUCAUAAACAACAACUUAAUGAUACAAGAACUAGCCGCCGUACCGAAGUUAUUACUGAAGUAGAUGGACGUUUAACUAAAGAAUAUGAAGAUAAAUUACAAUCUGAAUUACAAACAUUACGACAACAAGCCGAAGAAGAUGUUAAACGAAACAAGAAAGAAAUUUCUGAUUUAUUUGAUAGCAAGUUUCAAAAUUUGGAAAAUGAAUUGCAACGCAAAAAAAAAGCUAUGGAAGCAGCUCAAGAAGAUAUCAAUGUGGCCAAUUCACGUGUUGCUGAAUUAACACAACAAAUAAAUGACUUAUUGUCUUCCAAUAAUGAUUAUUUGAGGAAAAUUACUGAGUUAGAACGACUAAAAGAGCUUCAAAGAACUAAAUAUAUAGCUGAUAUUCAAGGACUUGAUCAACAAUUAACAGCUAUGCAAGAUGAUAUGUCCCAGAAAGUACAAGAAUACCAAGACUUAAUGGAUAUAAAAGUGGCUCUGGAUAUGGAAAUUAGUGCUUAUCGAAAAUUAUUAGAGAGUGAAGAGAGGAGAUUGAGUAUUACUCCAAAUUCAUCUGUAGUUGGCAGCCCAAGAGGAAAAAAAAGAAAAUUAUUUCAACGCGAUGAAACAGAGUAUGAAUUUUCUAAUAUUAUUACUGCUUCAUCAACUGGUGAUAUUGAAAUUUGUGAAGUAUGUCCAGAUGGCCAAUUUGUAAAAUUAUACAAUAAAGGAUCAAAGGAAUUUGCAUUGAGUGGAUAUGAAUUAGUACGCACCACUGCAGAGCAAAAUGUUUCUACUGUGUUCAAGUUUCAUCGUUCAGUAAAACUAGGUGCUGGCAAUUGGUUAACUGUAUGGUCUUCUACUGCCAGUAAUCAAAUUCAUGAACCUAAUGCUGGUUCAAUUGUCAUGAACACUCAAGCUUGGGUUGUUGGUGAACUUAUGGCUACAAUACUUUUAAAUCCUGAGGGACAAGAAGUAGCUACUCAUGAACUCAAAAAAGGACAGGUUUCUCAUUCACGAGCCAAUGAAGGAUAUGGUGAUUAUGAAACAGAAUUGUUUCAUCAACCAGGCGAUCCUCAAAAUAACGACAAAUGUGUUAUCAUGUGAAGAUAUUUACUCAAUUUAUAAUUUUAGUAAUAAGAACGACCCUAAAAUAAAGAUUAAAAAAACACUUUAGUUAAUCAGAGUUUAUCACGUGUUAAUUAUUGAUUUUUAAUUGUCAUUAAUUUUUUUUAAAAGCCCAUUUUUUUUUUUUAUACUAAUAUUUAUUAUUAUUAUUUUACUUACUUUUAUUUUUACGUUUUUUUUUUUGUAUUUUGCUUUAUACACCAUUAAAUGAUCCAUAAAAAAAAAAAAAAACGAGUAAAUAUUUUACUAAAUUACUGAUUAAAUUAAAAAUAAACAUGAAAUUGAAUUUCUGAUUGCAUUUUAAAUUGUAUGAAGUAAAAAAUAAAUAAUUUUGUGACCAUUUAUACAUACAUUAAAUUGUACUUAAUAAAAUAAUAUUUUUAUGAUAUUAAGUCAAAAGCUCAUUUUUGUGUUAAACUUUACACAAUGCUGUAAAACGAUCAUGUACAAAGAUCUUAUUAUUUUUUUUUUUUUUAAUUAUUUAUAAUUUGAAUAUUACCAUUAAUAAUAAUAAAUAACUGUUAUUUAAAAAUGGUCCUAGUAAUUUAAUUAAAGAAAAUACUUUCCUUAUAUAAUUAGUAAAACUAUUUUUGCGAUUAAUAUUAUAUUAGAGUGAGUUCUGUUAACUGAUUCAUGGGCUUUAAUCUUAAUUAAGGUAAAUAUAUUUAUAUGCACUCAUGUAAAACGGAACUUAUUAUAAUAGUAAAUCAAUUUAGUCUGGAAUAUCUUUUGCAGGCUAUAAUCAUAUAUAUUAGUUACAAAAUAAUUUCCUACUAAUGUUAUAAGGCCAAAGUUUUAUUUUUACCAUGACAGCUAUUUAUAUAUUUUUUCUAUACAUACUUUAAUUAAUUUAAAAUUGAAGUUAGAUCUUCAUUUUGUCUUCCAGAGUAAAUAUAAAUUAUUUAUCAAACAUAUAUUUUAUAUUUCUUAAUUUUAAUCAUUUUAAAAAUAUCAAUUUUUCAUGUAAAGGCUGGUAUAGUUUUAAAUCCAAUGUAUACCCAAAUAAGUUAUUUCUAUGGACUUUAUAAUCGUUUUGCGCUUCGUGUUUUGUUAAUGACAUAAUUUAUUAUACUUGGUUUAUAGUUAUGUUGUAAUUUUUUUCUACUAGAUGAACAGUAACAGAAUAUAGCCAUAAAUUAUUUUUUUAGUUAAAUACAAUUUAUUUUAUAUAUUAUUCAUUUAUUAUAAGUUAUUAUUUUUAAUUAAAAUGAUUUAUAUAUUUUUUUUUUUUAUAAGCAUUCAAGCCAUUUAAUUUUUAACUUUAGGUACUUACACUUUAUAAGUUAAUUUACUAACAAUGAAUCUUAAUGUAAUUUUUAUCAAUUUAUUAGUGGUAUAAAAAAUGUUCAAUUUGUGUAAAAUACAGUACUACUGAAUAUGCACCUCAAAUUAAAUAUAUUAAUUUAUUUAUUUUAAA